UUGAGGCUCCCUCUUUUUUGCAAGCAGGGAUUUAGGAAUGUGGAGACCAGCAUCUACGUCACCCUCAAAACGCCUGGGGUCCCGUCGUAAAAAAAAAACUUUUCUAGAGGCUGUAACAUAAGAAAACAAACCCUCAGGGACGCUCGUCUCUUGUCUCCAUGGUAACUUGCCCCUGCGCGACUGCUUGCAAAGGGGGCGGAACCGGAGAGGAACUACGGUGCUUCUAUUUCUUUCUCCCCCGUGAAGGCACAACCAGUCGAUGAUGCCAUUUCACGACGGAGCAUACUACCCCUUCACCGGUGACACCCAAGGGACCCACUCAUCAGCAGGGAUCCCUUCCCUCCUGAAUUCCCCUCUCAGCCACCCCUCUGUAAACGGCCACUCUGCUCCUGCACCCAGCAUGACUCCGUCCAGCGGAGCCUCCAUCAACCUGCCUUUCAAGUUCCGCCCUCGCAGGGAGAGCGUGGACUGGCGGCGGAUCAAUGCUGUGGACAUCGACCUGGUGGUGAGCCAGCUGGAUGUAGACGCCCUGCAAGAGCACAUCAGCGGCGUUACCUUCUGCAGCUUGGACGGGGAGCGGUGUCAGCGCUGCCAGAGCCCCGUGGACCCAGCUCUAAUCAAGCUCUUGCGGCUGGCCCAGCUCACAGUGGAGUGGCUCCUCCACUGCCAGGAGUUUCUCACCCUCAACCUGCGAGCGGCCGAGGAGAGGCUGGCGGUCGCUGCCAGCGAUCGAGAGCAGCUGCUGGCUCAGCAGAAUAAGCAGGAGGAGAAGGUGAAGACCCUCACCACCGAGCUCAAGCAGAGGAAGAAGCUGAUUCGCAACCAGCAGUCCCUGAUCCCGCCCAGAAUCAUCAGUGGACAGAAGUGUCCACAUUGUGAUAAAUCCUUCCUCAAUUCCACGUUUCUCCAGAAUCACAUGCAGCGUCGCCACCCUGGCGAGUAUGAGACCGAUUUGCGUUCAGAGAGUGAGAAGAAAUCUCUGAAUGAAAGCCUCCGAGUGGAGAUCAACAGUCUGAAGGAGCAGAUCGAUCAGCAGCAACAGGACUUGCAAGCCAAAAUAGUUCAGGAGAAAGAGCAGCAGUCCAUGCAAAAGGAGCUGCUGAGAGAGUUGGAGCGUUUUAAGGCUGAGGAGAUGGCGCGCAUGGACAGAAAGAUAGACGACAGCAGGGACGGCAUGCGCAGGGAGAUGGAAUUCCUUUACACACGAAAUAUACAGGCUCUAAAUGAAGUAAAUCAGAAUCAUACGGCUAAGCAUGAAAUACCACCAAGCCCUGUGCAAUCGCAGCCAGAGAGAGAUCUGGACAACUACAAAGAGAUGCAGACGCAAGCCAUACACAAGCUGGAGCAUCAAAUGAAGAAACAGGAGAAAAAGUGGGGAUCCAAGCUGCAGGAAAUCAAGUCCCUGCACGAGUCUGAAAAGAACAAGUUGCUGAAUGAGCUGAGCAGACUGCAGUCGUCGGUGUCGGAGCAGCAGGACAGCCGCCAGAGGCUGCAGCAGGACCUGGGGAGGAGGCUGCAGGACAAGGAGCACACCAUCAAGGCUCAGAGGGACCAGAUAAGGAAUUUCUCCUCAAAUCCACCCACACAAAUAGUGGAAGUACCAGUCAUCCUCAGUGCACCAGACCCUAAACCAAAGAGAGUUGUACUGGACUUGAGCAGCUUCUCUGAGAGGAGGCCGGUGGAGAAGAAGCCUGAGCCGCUACCGGAGAAGAAACAGAGAGUGAACAUCAGCGCUCUGAAGAGGAACCCCAACCUCAAGAAGGAGAUGAGGCCAGAGCUGGAGCAGGCUGUCAUGGAGAAGCUGGAGAACCUGGGAGUCAAGCCUGAGCAGUGUGGUCUAAAGGACAAAGAGCUUAGUUCCAUCCUGGCCAAGGCGCAUUCAAAGCGGGAGAGCGCUGCGAAGGGGAUGCCUCACUACUGGGGCUAUCGGGAGGAGAUCACCAGCACUGUGGAGCAGAGGGUGGCCUGUCAGAGGAGAGGCAGCGACCCUGCUGCAGUGUCCCAGCCCAGAGCCAGACAGCCAGUUCAAGUGGUGCAGAUCCGGCCUCGAUCCAGCAGCCUGCCCUCCAGAGAUACACAAGUGAUGUCAAAACCUGCAGUCAAACAGCCCAAGACCCCCCAGCCGGCACCGCGGACCAAGACCACCACCCAACCCAAGACAUCUACACCCAACACCAAGAACACUCUGAAGACGUUCGCAUCGAAGACCCCUCCUUUCAGUUCCGAUGCUGAAUCGGAAGGAGAGGACACAGACAUGGAGGAGGAACCGCCCAAAAAACCGCAGAGGGGCAAAUCCCCACAGCCCAGACUAAACCUGACCCAGAUCAGAGCCAGUCCGGUCCAGUCAGGUCAGGCUCCGUCCAGGACCUCAUUCUCCUCCAACCCCCCGCAGACCAGGGGGUCGGGGGGCGGUGUCACCAAGACCACAGUCGCAAAGAUAGAGAGCGAUGAGGAGGACGAUUGGUCGGACGUCAGCGAGCUGCAGCAGAUCGACCCCAAACGCCUACAGAGUUUCAAAGAUCAGAACGGAAACGUGGAAAAGAGAAACGUUGGCAAAGAGAACAAAAUCAGUGACUUGGCCAGAAAAAUGGAGAAGCAGUUUGCAGAGCGAUCACUAAAGAAACCAGCAGGGGGCGUCAGCAUCCUUCCGGAGAGGAAGGAUGAGGUUCAGGAGCUCACGUACACAGAUCUAGAGGAGAGCAGUGAUUGGCUGGGAUCCUCCUUAGAGGACAGGCUGGAGAUGUCUAAACUGCUUCAGAGCGCCGGCACCAAACGAGUGAAGAGCCUGGACUCACCCAGCACCAGCGUCUGGGGGACAUCUACAGGAAAAGGCCCCAAAUCAGGUCUGACUGAAGCAGGAACAGGAAGUACCCUGAAGAGCAGCCUGUGCUCCCUCAGUGACAUCAGCGACUCGGAGGACUUUAGCAAUAAAUACAAAUAACACUACAGCUGAUCAGGUGAGGUAGCUCUACGCCAAGCACAGACACAAAGACCUCAACUCCUCUGACACCAUAGCCAUAUGUUAUACUGUUAUUCUAUGGAAGCUAUAAUAGAGAUGAAGCAAUAUAUAAUGGGACUUUGUAAUAAAACAUUCAACGAGUCUAAACAUAUUAAAUUACAGCUUUAACUGACUUCUCAUUUUCACCCUCACCUUGUGCCAAUCUUUGCUUGCCUUAGACCUUUUCAGUGUUCAACAUUAAAUCCAGUUUUUUCCUCUUUUGAUAUAUAUACUAAAAUAUAACUAACACUCCAAAUGAGAUGCUGUACUGUAUGUAGUUUGUAUGACAUUUUGUAAAUCAAAUUUUGAUAAUGCUUCAUGUGUCAAAUGGAGCGAUGAAAUGUGAUUUUGUAUAGAAAAUAUUUAAACCAGCAAUAAAAGAUUUCUCUGUAGAAUCAA